GCCAUGGGCAAGCAGAACAGCAAGCUGCGGCCCGAGAUGCUGCAGGACCUGCGGGAGAAUACAGAGUUCUCAGAGCUGGAGCUGCAGGAGUGGUACAAGGGCUUCCUCAAGGACUGCCCCACGGGCAUCCUCAACGUGGAUGAGUUCAAGAAGAUCUACGCCAACUUCUUCCCCUACGGUGACGCCUCCAAGUUCGCGGAGCAUGUCUUCCGCACCUUUGACACCAACAGCGAUGGCACCAUCGACUUCCGGGAGUUCAUCAUCGCGCUGAGUGUGACCUCACGGGGCCGCCUGGAGCAGAAGCUCAUGUGGGCCUUCAGCAUGUACGACCUGGACGGCAACGGCUAUAUCAGCCGUGAGGAGAUGCUGGAGAUCGUGCAGGCCAUUUACAAGAUGGUUUCGUCCGUGAUGAAGAUGCCGGAGGACGAGUCGACCCCGGAAAAGAGGACUGAGAAGAUCUUCCGCCAAAUGGACACAAACAACGACGGCAAGCUGUCCUUGGAGGAGUUCAUCCGCGGGGCCAAAAGCGACCCGUCCAUCGUGCGUCUGCUGCAGUGCGACCCCAGCAGCGCCUCCCAGUUCUGAGCGAGGAGCCAGGUUUCCCCUCCCUGCCUUCACUGGCCCUCUCCCGGCUCUCAGCGUCCUCGCCCUUGUGUCUGUCCAGACUGGGGGUCAGAUUGCCACCCCCAGGGUCUGCACUCUGAGGGGCCUAUGGAGAAAGGAACCCUGCAGCCCCCCCAAGGCCCAAGCCCGCAAGUGGUUAGCACCCCCCAUCCGGGAGGCAAUAUCUCCCUUUGGCAAUGAUAGAGACACAGGCUGUGGCUUGGUCUGCCCCUCAGAGUCAGCCCUCCCUUACCUAGCUAUCAGAACUUCAGCCAUUCCCCCUCCCCCACCCCCGCACACACCCGGCCACGAGGCCAGACUUCCCUCCGCCAACCACGGGGCAAGCUUCCCUGCCUCCACCCCAGCCCUUGUAGAUCUCAGCCUUGGUGGAGUUGGGAAUCAUGCCUGUCUUUUUAUUUUGAGCGGAGAGAAGGAUUCCAGAGGUUUGGGGGCUUGAGGAGAAACCUUCCUUGAGCCAUCCUUCCCUGCAGGAGGGCCUCAACCUUGCCUGCUCCUGCCCUUGUUGCCCCGGAGGCCAUGAUGCAAAAGGAAAACCUCCUGCUUCCAGCCCCCCAGCUGUGAGUCCCAUGAACCCCCGCCUGCGUUUCAGCAUUUUGAUGAACACAGACCCACUGACCCCUCUGUGUGUCUUGUCUCUCUCAGAUACACACACAGGCCCACAGACAGAUGGGCAGACACACCUAGAGCGCCACCCACAGUGUCCUGUGUGGGAGAGCAGCACAGGCCCCCGGCCGAGUCCCCUCCCCCGCUGCAUGCAUCCACGUGGAGCAUCUCUGUUCUUUUUAAUAUCUUCAGAAUAA